CGGACCGAACGGAGCUGAGCGGGACCGAACCGGAUCGAAUCGGAGCGGUUCGGAGCAGAUCGGAGUCACUCGGCUCGACUCGGCUCGGAACGAGCGGCUCCCGGGGCCGGGCCGGGGGGUCUCCGCGAUGCGGCGGGGCCGGUCGGUGCUGCGGGUCCCGGGGCCACCGCUGCCGCCGCUGCUGCUGCUGCUGCUGCUCUGCCCGGUGCCCGGGCAGGGCGGGGGGUGCGGGAGGACGACGGCGGCGGGGGGGUGCUGCACCCCCUGUCCCACCAGCUUCGGCGUCACCGAGCCCUGCGGCCACACCGACACCCGCUGCCAGCCCUGCACCCACAACGAGGACCUGGAGGGGGAGCCAGUGACGGGGGGCCCCUCGCCCGCCACCCCCGAGUUCGUGCCACCGCCCGAGGCCACCGGCAAGGACAUCAUCCCCGUCUACUGCUCCCUCCUGGCCGCCGUGGUGGUGGGACUCCUUGCCUACGUGGCCUUCAAGUGCUGGCACACGUGCAGGCAGAAGCAGCAGCUGGCCAAGGCGCGAGCGGGGGACUUGGGGACGUCACCGGAGGGGGAGAAGCUGCACAGUGACAGUGGGGUCUUCCUCGACACCCACAGCCUGCAGGAGCCCCACCCGCCCGGCAAGGCCCCCCGUCCCGAGGGACACCCGUUGAGCGUGGUGCCGCCGCAGCGGCAGGAGGAGCUGGAGCGGCUGCUGGAGACCGGGGGUCCCGGGGGGGACUGGCGCAGCCUGGCCGCACGCCUGGGUUUCGGCCCCGACGCCAUCGGCACCUUCGGCCGGGGCCGGGCACCCACCCGCACCCUGCUCAGCACCUGGGCCGGCGCCGAGGGGGCCACCCUGGAGACCCUGUGCCAGGCCCUGGCCGCCAUCGGCCGGCAGGACGCGGCUCGGCGCUUGGCGGCACCGGGGGACGCCACCUCCGCCGUGUGACCCCCCCCGCCGCGGGGGCUCCCCGCUUUGCUUUCUGCUGGAUCGCUGGUGUUAAAGUGGGGUUUGGGG